GCGGGGCGUGGCGGGCAACUGUACCGCUGCGAUGGCUGCCUGGGCUGGCGAAGCGCGGGACCCACACAUGUUCCCGGCGAGCAUACCCCACUCCUACCCGCAUCCCUACCCUCCAGCCGACAAGGCCCGGGAAGGCUGGCGGUUCAGUGCCGGGGGCUACCGGUCCACGCCCCCCUCCUUCCCCGGCUGCGGGCAACUCAGCGCCACCGAGUACUUCGACAACUACCGGCGGGCGCAACUCAUGGUCCUGUUGUCGCGGGUGGGUUCCCGGGCGGUCAGCAGCCGCGAUGUGGGGGUGCAGGUGAACCCGCGCCGCGACGCCUGGGUGCAGUGCUCGCUCGGGCGCCGCACGCUGCAGUUUGGACAGCGCCGCCCCAGCCCCGAGGUCGGGUCCGGUUCCCGCCAGCCCUGCAGCUCCGCCGGCGCCCGGAGACCCCCGCGCUCCUGGCGCUCUGUCGCCGUGUACUCGCCGGUGGCCUUCUGUGGCCUCGCCUCCUCGCAGGAGGUCGCGGCGGGCGGGCAGAAGCCCACCGAGGGAGAGCGGAGGCCGGCACCCGCGGGGACCGGAGAGCCGGAGCCGGGAAAGGGAGAAGUGGAGGUGAGGAAAGCAGUCCCCAAGGAGGGCGAUGUCCAGGACAAAGGGCAGGCCGGGCAGGAGCAGCCACUGCAGGAGGACCCGGACAGUGGGGCGACCUCGCAGCCUGAGCCCGGGAGUCAGGAGCUGCGUCCUGCCGCAGAGACGGCUCAGGAGGACCCUGGUGACCCGGCCGCCUCGAGAGACUCGGCUUCCCCGCAGAACACCGAGCGCGACAAGGAGCGUUUGCGCUUCCAGUUCUUAGAGCAGAAGUAUGGCUACUACCACUGCAAGGACUGCAAUAUCCGGUGGGAGAGUGCCUAUGUGUGGUGUGUGCAGGGGACCAGCAAGGUGUACUUCAAACAGUUCUGCCGAGCGUGUCAGAAAUCUUACAACCCAUACCGAGUGGAGGAUAUCACCUGCCAAAGUUGUAAGAGAACUCGAUGCACCUGCCCAGUCAGACUUCGCCAUGUGGACCCUAAACGCCCCCAUCGUCAAGACUUGUGUGGCAGAUGCAAGGACAAACGGCUGUCCUGCGAUAGCACCUUCAGCUUCAAAUACAUCAUUUAGUGAAAGCCAAAUGUUUUCUGCUAGGUUGGGCUAAUGGAGUGGGAGAGCGAGCUUCUUCCCACGCUCCAUCUUCUCUCCACUGCUCCCUUCUCAAUAUUUCACGAAAGGCAGUGUACUUUGAUAAAGCCUGUAAAAUAAAAAGGUAUUGCAAAAACA